AUGGAACUAUUCUCGUUCCUGGUGAAACCGAUAGUAUUAAUUUGGAUUGUGAUAACUUACUCCGAUUCAACUAAUGGCUUUCCAUGUUGCUGUUGCUCAAGCGCCCAGAAUGGCAUAUCUUCCAGCUGGAACAGAUGGACUGAAAGUGGAGUUGAUCAUGAUAAUGUACUCGAAGAUGUUUCGCCUUCCAUUUGGGACCAACGGGGUAGAAAUAAGCUCGAUGGUGAUAGUGAACUUGAUGAUGUUUCGCCUGCCAUUUGGGACCAACCGACCAAAAGUAAGCUUAGCGAUGAUAGUGAGCUUGCUGAUGUUUCGCCUGCUAUUUGGGGCCGGCAUGUUGCAAGUAAGCUCGAAGAUGAUAGUGAAAUCGACGAUGAUUCGCCUUCUAGUUGGGACCGAUUUGGGGGUAGAAGGAAAUGGACAGUUACUGUAACUAUUUCGACACCUCCUCCAUGUACAUCACCAGAUCCAACACGUCCACCAUAUCGUCCAACAUAUCCUCCACCCUAUGGUCGCCCUACGCAUCCAACAAAUCCUACUUUUCCUCCAAGACCUCCAACGCCGUAUCCUGGUGUUACUCCAAUAGUUGAUCCUCUUCCUCCUACAACACCGUAUCCACCAUUACCUGGUCGCCCUACUCCAAUAAUUGAUAUCUUUCCUCCUACAACACCGUAUCCAACGUUUCCCCCAUUACCUGAUCCCCCUCCUCCUCCUACAACGCCGUAUCCACCAUUACCUGGCCGCCCUACUCCAAUAAUUGAUAUCUUUCCUCCUACAACACCGUAUCCAACGUAUCCGCCAGUACCUGGCCGCCCCACUCCAAUAAUUGAUCCCCCUCCUCCUCCUCCUACAACGCCGUAUCCACCAUUACCUGGCCGCCCUACUCCAGUAAUUGAUAUCUUUCCUCCUACAACACCGUAUCCGCCAUUGCCUGGUCGCCCUACUCCAAUAAUUGAUCCCCCUCCUCCUCCUCCUACAACGCCGUAUCCGCCAUUGCCUGGUCGCCCUACUCCAAUAGUUGAUCCCUUAGAUCCUACACCACGUCCGCCAAGCCCUCCUUAUCCAACAUAUAUUUACCAUGGACAACCAAUAAUUGUUUACCCGCCUGCUUCGCCAAUUAUAAUAGCAGGACGUUUUAGACGUCCUGGAGCUAGUCCUACGCAAGCUGGAGAAUCGCGAGAUUCUCCUACACCACCAUUUGCUCCUACGCCACCAAGAAGAUGA